AUGAAUUUCCAGUGCAUCACGAUAGCAGGUGUUAUAUAUUUUAUGUUUUUUCAAAUGCAUUUGGUGGAAAGUAGUCGUAUCGAAUUUACCAAUAUAAAAUGUACUUCGAUGGACAAAAAAUUCAGUGAUUUUGAAUAUUGCUUUCUAAAGGCUACGAAUCGCACUUACAAAUACCUAUCGGUCAAGGUUCGGCUUUAUAAGAUACCAGUACAUCAUUUUACGGUGAAUCUGGGGUUGCACAAGCGAUCAAAUGGUCUAAUGCCCUUUAACCAAAAUUUUACCUUUGAUGGCUGCAAGAUGGUCGCAAAUGUCGGAAAUCCCAUGGUUUUAUUUCUCUUUGCCUUAUUUAAACCCUACUCAAACAUCAACCAUUCUUGUCCCUAUACACACGACAUUAUUGUGGAUAAGCUGCCCACCCACUUUGUAAACCAACAGUUUACUAAAUACGUACCGCUUCCCGAGGGCGAUUAUGUAUUCAAUAGCAACUGGUUUACAAAUGGCAAAAAUCGAGCCAUUGUUAGAGUCCACUUCUCGUUUACGUAA